CAAAGUCGUCGCUGAUGGCAUCAUUCAAUCCCUUCAUCUCUUACCAGUCACACUGACUAUUCUGGUUCGGUUUUUGUUCCAUGUAUUUCCCUCAGCACAAUGCAUUGAACUCCAUUCUCAUGUCUCUCAAUCGCUUCCUUGUAACAUUCUGAUGAUCAGGUCACAAACUGCAAAAUAACAACACAAAGAAGACAUGAAGAAUAAAGAACCGUUUCAAACCUUCUUCUUCCUCUCCACCCUUUUGCUGCUUUUUAUCUCCUCUGCAAAGGGAAAGUGCCCACCAUCAUUUCUUUGUGGGAACCUGGGCACCAUGUACUUCCCUUACACUGACACCAAACACCCUCAUUGUGGCUUGUUGGUGAUGCAUGGCUGCCAUGACCGUGACCCAGAUGCGAUUAAAACGGUUAAGAACAAAGGAGAAUGGUUUUUCAUCACACGUGAUCCAAACACAAACAUCCUUGUCUUCAGAGAUGAUGAACUUCGUACCUUGUUGCUGACACGAAGAUGUGGGGUGUUCGGCAAAAACUACACCAGUUUGGACACCCCUUCUCCUUUCCUUUCACUUCAUUUUAAGACUGCUACUUUCUUCAUAUGCAACCGCACCCUCAACAUCAAUCCUCCUUCUUCAGCAUUUUAUAAAUCUACAAUAUGUCCGGAUGAGGACAUCUUCUAUGUCACAUCUAAUGUUGAUGACUCCUUCAGUUACAAUUCCGAAGAGCUUCAUGGUUCUUAUUUUGAACAGUGUUCAAUGGUUAGACUUCCAAUAAGAGAUCCAGAGCUUGUACCUAACUCAAAUGGAAGCCUCUUUGACUAUGUAUCAGCUGAUAUUCCUGUUAGAACGGAAGUGUCUAAUGAUUGUUCUUCUUGUCACCGUGUUAGAGGAGGCCAGUGUCAACUUGACAGCCAAGGGAAAUUCUUAUGCAUACAAGAGAAAACUAGUAGAAAGAUGAAGAUAGUGGUAGCAGCUACAUCAGCUGCUGGAGCAAUGGGAAUUUUGAUGGUGUUGGCUUGCAUCUUACGAAGAUACUAUUGCCACAAGAAGAAUCCNACUUACAUAAUGAUUGAAAACUUUCUGAAGCAACAUGGACACCUUUCAGCCAAAAGGUACAGUUACUUGGAGGUAAAGAAAAUGACCAACUCCUUCAGAAACAAAUUAGGCCAAGGAGGGUUUGGUAGUGUAUACAAAGGGAGGUUACAAAAUGGAAGUCUUGUGGCAGUUAAGGUUUUAAGUAAGUCAAAGGGUGAUGGAGAAGAAUUCAUCAAUGAAGUUGCUAGUAUUAGCAUGACUUCUCAUGUUAACAUUGUCAGUUUACUGGGGUUUUGCUUGGAAGGCUCCAAAAGAUUUCUCAUAUACGAGUACAUGCCCAAUGGGUCCCUUGAAAAGUUCAUAUAUGAAGAGAAAGAUCCUUUAAAGCUUAAACUAACUUUGAAUUGCAGUACAAUGUACAAUAUUGCCAUUGGUGUUGCUCGAGGACUGGAGUACUUGCACAAGGGUUGUAACACCAAAAUCUUGCAUUUUGACAUAAAACCUCACAAUAUACUACUAGAUGAGUUUUUUUGCCCCAAAAUAUCAGAUUUUGGACUUGCUAAAAUAUGUCCUAGAGAAAAAAGUAUUGUAUCAAUGAUGGUUGCCAGAGGAACCAUAGGAUAUAUCGCUCCUGAAUUGUUCUGCAGAAAUUUUGGUGGAGUGUCACAUAAAUCAGAUGUAUACAGUUAUGGAAUGAUGGUUUUGGAAAUGCUUGGUGCUAGGGAGAAUAAUAAUCGCAGAGUUGAUUUUUCAAGUGAAAAUUACUUUCCACAUUGGAUUUACAACCAUCUUGAAUCAGAACAAGAUCUUCAAUUUCGAUGCACCAAAAAUCAAAAUGAUGAAGAAAUGGUGAGAAAAAUGACUAUUGUAAGUUUGUGGUGCAUACAGACCGACCCUUCAAAUCGACCUGCAAUGACUAAAGUGGUGGAAAUGAUGGAAGGAAGCAUUAGCUCUGUGCAAAUUCCUCCCAAAUCUUUCCUUUAUUCAUCUUCAGUUCCCCAAUACCAAUCAAGUGAUUCUUCAUAGUUAUUGAUCUACAGACCCAGCA